AUGGUUAACAUAAAUAAAGAAGGGUUAUUAUGUGAAUUUUUUGACGCGAAAAAAACUGCCAGACUUAAGAAGAAUAGAAAGAAGCGAGGACAUGUUUCGGCUGGUCACGGACGUAUUGGCAAGCAUCGAAAGCAUCCGGGAGGUCGUGGUCUCGCCGGUGGUCAACAUCAUCACCGAACAAACAUGGAUAAAUAUCAUCCAGGAUAUUUUGGAAAAGUGGGGAUGCGAUAUUUCCACAAAACUCAAAAUCAAUUCCAUAAACCGAUCGUCAAUCUAGAUAAACUAUGGACACUGGUCACCGAGCAAACACGCAAAGAAUACGCUGGCAAAAAAGAUGUUGCGCCGGUGAUUGAUACACUUCAGGCUGUAAGUUUCGUGUGA